AUGGACUCGACUUUGAUCAAUGAGGAAGUCAUAGACGAGCUUGCUCGUACGAUUGGUAAGACAGAUGUUGUCAGUGCCAUUACAGCCAGGGCAAUGAAUGGCGAAAUCGAUUUCGCUACUUCAUUGCGAGAGCGUGUUACCAUGCUGGAAGGCGUGAGAGCCGAUGUAUGGGAUGGGCUGAAGCAGGUUGUGACGAUAGCCAGCGGAGCGAGGGAGCUUAUUCAAGGGUUGAAGGACAAGGGUGUCAUCACCGGAGUCAUAAGCGGCGGUUUUGCCCCCAUGGCUGAAUGGUUGAAGGAAGAGCUGGGUUUGGAUUAUGCUUUUGCAAAUCAUCUUCUUACAUGCCCUUCUACUUCGUCACAUCCAUACCCUCACCUUACCGGAACUCUUUCUCCAGAUCAUCCGAUCAUUACUCCGGAGUUGAAGAAGGAGACACUUGUUCGUUUGGCCACGCAACAUGAGGUGGCUUUGUCAGAGACGCUUGCGGUCGGUGACGGCUCCAACGAUCUACUCAUGCUGCAUGCUGCUGGUAUCGGUGUGGCAUACAAUGCCAAAAGCUCAGUCCAGGAGAAAGCACCGAUGCGUCUAAAUGGAGGCAGCCUGGCGGACUUAUUAUAUCUGUUUGGAAGUCGAUAG